AUGGCUCCUCGUCGCCUCCCCCUGCUGGCCCUGUGCCUGCUCUACUAUCUGUCGCAACCCCCGGAUCCCCGACCGGCUGGGGGAAAGGGAUUGGGGAGCUGGACACAAGAAUCCAAGAACCAGAACACCUUGACAGUACAAAGUGACGAUAUGGAUUCGUUAACUGCGACAGACCCUUGUGGUCGCCAGCCACGGGACCUGGAUGACGUCUUUGUCGUCAUCAAAACCGGGGCCACCGAGUCCCAGCAAAGAAUCCCGGUGCACUUGCGUACAACCCUCCAGUGCGUGCCACAUUUCGCCAUCUUCUCCGACUACGAAGAGACAAUCAACGGUGUCCAAGUCCAUGAUAUCUUGAAAAACGUCAGCAAGACCACUAUGGAGAAGGAGCCCGAGUUUGAGCUGUAUCGGCGUCUCCAGGAGGUUGGCCGAGAAGGCUUGACGGACGAAGAGUGGGGAGACGACACGAACGGCCCCUUGGGCAAGACCAACAAUCCCGGGUGGAAGCUAGACAAGUGGAAAUUCUUACCUAUGAUCGAUUCUGCCCUGGAACUCAAGCCUGACGCCAAAUGGUACAUCUUCGCAGAGGCUGAUACCUAUUUGGCUUGGCCCAACCUCGUGAACUGGCUUGCACACCUUGAUCACAACGAGCCUUACUACAUUGGGAGCCCUAUGCAGAUUGGAAACGAGCUCUUUGCAUACGGCGGGUCAGGCAUCAUCCUCUCUGCCCGCACGAUGCAGCGCUUAAGCAGCUACCGUGCCCGUGCAGAACAGGAGAUGGACAAAAUGACGGCAGAGGAGUGGGCCGGCGACUGCGUGCUGGCUCGGGCACUCGGCCAAGUCCGAGUAUCCUUGACAUGGGCUUGGCCCAUGAUGUUGACCGUCACACCUUCUGAGUUAGACCAUUUCUCUGAGGGCUACGGCCGUCAGCCAUGGUGUUACCCGGCUAUAUCAUAUCACCACAUGAGCCCGAAAGAUAUAGAGGAUAUGUGGCGCUUUGAACGUGCAUGGUUUUCCUCCGGCAAAAACGCCCUCCUCCUACACGCAGACGUCUUCCGAAAACAUAUCCAUAACGCAAGCCUAUCCGAGCGAAGCGACUGGGACAACCUUUCUAACGUGAAUAUUGAUUCCGUCUCGUCCGCAGAAGCCUGCCACGAGGCCUGCAGCCACGAUUCGGACUGUUUACAAUGGUCUUUCGGGGCCAACGAAGGCUGCAAGCACGCCUCUACGACACUGCUAGGUGUACCUACUAAUGGUACUCACUCUGGGUGGAUGAAGAACCGAGUCCAAAAGCUACUGGAUCUGUUUCAGUCGUCUUGUCCACAGGUGGAAUACAUCUUCGACUGA